UAGUUAUUAACCAAACACACCCUCAGUAGAAGAAUUCUAAAUAAAAAUUCUAACCAUAACCUUAAUUACAAUAUGAAUUCGGUUCCCUCUGGUCAUUAUCUUUCUCAAAAGAUAAUAAAGGGAGAUAGGAUUCUUGAGGGUGAAGUUGGUAGUGGGGCACUCAUGGGUGAGUUUGGGUCAGUGAGGAUGGAUUUUUUGAAGUUGAUGUUAGUACGAUUGUGUGGAGCAAUGAUGGUGAAGACAGUAAUAGUGCCUAGGGGGGUCUAGAAGUUGGCAAUCUUGAAUAGAGGGAAAAAGAAAGGAUUUUUUUUUUUGCCCCCUUCCUUUGCCUCUCUUUUUGAUUGAGGUACAAAUAAGUUAGGGUGUUAAUUUGGCCACCAUCAAGAUUUUCUAAUUAAUAUACCAAAUGUAGGAAUCAAAUCAGAUCAGAUACUAGUAUAUUCAUAUAUAUUUUUAUUGUAUGAAUAUAAAUAUAAAUAUGAAUAUUAGUUGGAUGCAAAAAUUCAUAUCCAUAUUUAUUUUAAAUGAAUAUAAAUAUGAAUUGAAUACUAUCACGUAUGAAUAUAAAUAUAGAUAUAAAUUAGAUGACUAAAUUUUAUAACCAUCGAGAUAAGUAGUAGAAGAAAUGAAGUGUGGGCUCAAUUAACCAUCGAGAUGGAUCAGUUAAAUCAUUAGGAUGGAUCAAUUAUGACCCUAAAGUUGCAUAAAUUACAUUAUUUACCAUGGACUUGUAGGCAUCAAUUAUGAUCCUCUUUUUUAUUUUAUUUUUAUUUCUUUUAUUUUUUUUUUUUGGGUGUCCUUCUACAGCCAGCGGUACCACAAGAAGGCAUUAUUGAUUUAGAGUCUGGAAACACAAUAACGAGCAACACUCUUCCAGCUGGGCUUAUGGAGACACAGGAGCAACCAAGGAUCACGAGAGAUGAUCAACAAACUCAAACAUAUACUGCCAUAAAACAAGAUGAUGAUCCAAAGGAAUGUACAAAGACAGCACUAAAGGUUUCAAUAGGCAUAGGUGGGAUCACUGGGAGCAUGAUUGGUGUUCUUGCUGGAAAUGAACACAAAAAAUCAGAUAGCCUUUUCAUCAAAAUCAGCAACUUGUUGCUAUGGGCUAGUUUUGUGUUAUCUGUGACCCUAAUGGUACUGACACUUCUUAGCAUCAAGCACAAACAAUUAGUUAUAAUUGUCAAAAUUGCCAUGUAUGCAACCAUCAUUUUACUGAUCUUGACAGUGGUUGAUGUCUUUAUUGUAUACGUGAAGAGUGGAAAUAUAUGAGAUUUUGUUCCA